AUGGAGGCCGGGCCCGAGGACUUCGUGCCCCCGCCCGAGUGCCCCGUCUUCGAGCCGAGCUGGGCCGAGUUCCGGGACCCGCUGGGCUACAUCGCCAAGAUCCGGCCCAUCGCCGAGAAGUCGGGCAUCUGCAAGAUCCGGCCGCCGCCGGACUGGCAGCCUCCCUUUGCUGUGGAAGUGGACAACUUCAGGUUCACCCCUCGGAUCCAGAGGCUGAAUGAACUGGAGGCCCAGACCAGAGUGAAGCUCAAUUACUUGGACCAGAUAGCCAAGUUCUGGGAGAUCCAGGGCUCCUCCCUGAAGAUCCCGAAUGUGGAACGGCGCAUCUUGGACCUCUACAGCCUCAGCAAAAUUGUGGUAGAGGAGGGAGGUUAUGAGGCCAUCAGCAAGGACCGCCGAUGGGCCCGUGUGGCCCAGCGCCUCAACUACCCAGCAGGCAAGAACAUUGGUUCCCUGUUGCGCUCUCACUAUGAGCGUAUCGUCUACCCCUACGAGAUGUACCAGUCUGGAGCCAAUCUGGUGCAGUGUAACACGCGUCCGUUCGAUAGUGAAGAGAAGGACAAGGAGUACAAGCCCCACAGCAUCCCUCUGCGGCAGUCGGUGCAGCCCUCCAAGUUUAACAGCUAUGGACGGCGAGCCAAGAGACUGCAGCCUGAUCCGGAGCCCACUGAGGAGGACAUUGAGAAGAACCCUGAGCUGAAGAAGCUGCAGAUCUAUGGGGCUGGCCCUAAGAUGAUGGGCCUGGGUCUCAUGGCCAAGGACAAGAGUCUUCGAAAGAAGGACAAGGAUGGCCCUGAGUGCCCCCCUACGGUGGUGGUGAAAGAGGGGGUGGGCACCGAGCCGAAGCUGGAGCCAGCUUCCCCUAAAGCCUUCGUGGAUGGCAAAGAGGAGCUGAGCCACAGCCCUGAACCCUGCACCAAGAUGACCAUGAGGCUGAGGAGGAGUCAUAGCAAUGCCCAGUUUAUCGAGUCCUACGUGUGCCGGAUGUGUACCCGAGGGGACGAGGAUGACAAACUCCUGCUGUGCGAUGGCUGUGAUGACAAUUACCACAUCUUUUGCCUCCUGCCCCCCCUUCCGGAGAUCCCCAAGGGCAUCUGGCGCUGCCCUAAGUGUGUCAUGGCGGAAUGUAAACGCCCUCCAGAGGCCUUUGGCUUUGAGCAGGCCACGCGGGAAUACACGUUGCAAAGCUUUGGCGAGAUGGCUGACUCCUUCAAGGCUGACUACUUCAACAUGCCUGUGCACAUGGUACCCACAGAGUUAGUGGAGAAGGAAUUCUGGCGUCUGGUGAACAGCAUCGAGGAAGACGUGACCGUGGAGUAUGGGGCUGACAUCCAUUCCAAGGAAUUUGGCAGCGGCUUCCCCAUCAGUGACAGCACGAGGCACCUGUCCCCUGAGGAGGAGGAGUAUGCGGCCAGUGGUUGGAACCUGAAUGUCAUGCCUGUCCUGGAACAGUCGGUCCUGUGCCACAUCAAUGCAGACAUCUCUGGCAUGAAGGUGCCAUGGCUGUAUGUGGGUAUGGUCUUCUCAGCCUUCUGCUGGCACAUUGAGGAUCACUGGAGCUACUCCAUUAACUACCUCCACUGGGGAGAGCCUAAGACGUGGUACGGUGUCCCGUCAUUCGCAGCUGAGCAUCUGGAGGAGGUGAUGAAGAAGCUCACGCCAGAGCUGUUUGACAGCCAGCCUGACCUCCUUCACCAGCUGGUCACACUCAUGAAUCCCAACACGCUCAUGGCGCAUGGCGUGCCGGUUGUCCGCACCAACCAGUGUGCAGGAGAAUUUGUCAUCACCUUUCCCCGAGCCUACCACAGUGGCUUCAACCAGGGCUACAACUUUGCCGAGGCUGUCAACUUUUGCACUGCUGACUGGCUGCCUGCAGGGCGUCAGUGUAUUGAGCACUAUCGGCGUCUCCGGCGCUACUGUGUCUUCUCCCACGAAGAACUCAUUUGCAAGAUGGCGGCCUGCCCCGAGAAGUUGGAUUUGAACUUGGCUGCAGCCGUGCACAAGGAAAUGUUCAUCAUGGUCCAGGAGGAGCGCCGCCUUCGAAAGGCCCUGCUUGAGAAGGGCAUCACGGAGGCAGAGCGGGAAGCCUUUGAGCUGCUCCCCGAUGACGAGCGCCAGUGUGCCAAGUGUAAGACAACAUGCUUCCUAUCCGCGUUGGCCUGUUAUGACUGCCCUGAUGGGCUUGUCUGCCUCUCCCACAUCGAUGAUCUCUGCAAGUGCCCCACCAGCAAGCAGUAUCUGAGAUACCGAUACACACUGGAUGAGUUACCCGCUAUGCUGCACAAGCUGAAAGUGCGAGCCGAGUCCUUUGAUACCUGGGCCAGCCAAGUGCGCACUGCCCUGGAACUGGAGGAUGGGCGGAAGCGCAGCCUGGAGGAGCUCAGAGCUCUGGAGUCCGAGGCCCGGGAGCGCCGCUUUCCCCACAGUGAGCUCCUGCAGCGGCUGAAAGACUGCCUGCACCAGGCUGAGGCCUGCGUCUCUCGAGCCCUGAGGCUGGUCAGCAGCCGGGAGCCAGGGGGUGUGGAGCCCAGUGGGGAACGCCGGGUCCCCAGGGCAGCACCCCCCCAGCUAACCCUGGAGGAGCUCCGUGAGUUCAUUGAGGAGAUGAGCAGCCUGCCUUGUGCCAUGCACCAGAUUGGGGAGGUCAAGGGCAUCCUGGAGCAGGUGGAGGCUUUCCAGGCCCAGGCUCAGACAGCUCUGGCCUCCCUGCCAGCCAGCCUGGGCCACCUACCGGGCCUGUUAGAACAGGCUCAUCGCCUGGGUGUGGAGGUGCCUGAGGCUGAGCAGUUGGAACUGCAGGUGCAGCAAGCCCAUUGGCUGGAUGAGGUGAAGAGGGCCCUGGCACCCCCGGCCCAGCGGGGCACCUUAGCGGUCAUGCGGGGACUGCUGGCAUCGGGGGCGGAUGUGGCGCCCAGCCCUGCCGUGGACAGAGCCCGGGCAGAACUGCAGGAACUGCUUGCUAUUGCUGAACGUUGGGAGGAGAAGGCCCACCUCUGUCUCGAGGCCAGGCAAAAACACCCUCCUGCCACACUCGAGGCCAUAAUCCGAGAGGCUGAAAACCUCCCUGUCCACCUGCCCAACAUCCUGGCCCUGAAAGAGGCCCUUGGCAAGGCCCGGGCCUGGAUCGCAGAUGUGGAUGAGAUCCAGAACGGCGAUCACUACCCGUGCCUGGAUGACUUGGAGGGCCUGGUGGCUGUGGGCCGGGAUUUGCCUGUGGGCCUUGAGGAACUGAGGCAGCUAGAGUUGCAGGUGCUGAUGGCCCACUCCUGGCGGGAGAAGGCUUCCAAGACCUUCCUCAAGAAGAACUCCUGCUAUACCCUGCUUGAGGUGCUGUGUCCAUGUGCCGAUGCUGGCUCGGAGAGUAUGAAGAGAGACCGAUGGAAGAGAGAGAAAGAGCAGGGCCUCUACAGAUCAGACACUGAGCUCUUGGGGUUGUCUGCCCAGGACCUCAGAGACCCAGGCUCUGUGAUCCUGGCCUUCAAGGAAGGUGAGCAGAAAGAGAAGGAGGGCAUCUUACAUCUGCGUCGUGCCAAUGCAGCCAAACCCUGCCCAUCGGCUCUCCAGCUCACCGGGCCUCCCUCAGCUGUGCCCUCACCUGAGUCCCUGUCCUGUGUGUGCGGGCAGGCGCCAGUGGGUGAGGGGGCCCUGCAGUGUGACCUGUGCAGGGACUGGUUCCAUGGCUGCUGUGUGUCAGCACCACGCCUCAGUGGGCUCCGGCCCCUGAGCCCCACUCCCCCAGCUCCCCUGGCCUGGUGGGAGUGGGACACUAAAUUCCUCUGCCCACUCUGCAUGCGUUCCCGCCGACCUCGCCUAGAAACCAUCUUGGCCCUCCUGGUGGCUCUGCAGAAGCUGCCGGUUCGACUGCCCGAGGGGGAGGCCCUGCAGUGCCUGACUGAGCGGGCCAUUGGCUGGCAGGGCAGAGCCCGCCGGGCCCUGGCAUCCAGGGAUGUGUCGGCGCUGCUGGGUCGUCUAGCCGAGCUCCGGCAGCGACUGCACCGGUCCCCGGCCACCCCUCGCCCCCAACCUGGCAGCCUGGCCCCGGCCCCACUCAGGGAGAGCAGAGGCGGCGGCGGCGGCAGCGGCAGCGGCAGCGGCAGCGGCAGCGGCAACAACAACAAUGAGCUGCAGAUGGCUUUGGAGAAUGGAGAUGCUGUGAAGAACUCUGAGAAGGCCAGCCCUGGGGGCGGCUCAGACCUCGAGCUGCUGUCCUUACUGCUGCCCCGCCUGGAGGGUCCUGUGCUCGAGCUGCCCGAGGCGGCCCGGGCCCCCCUGGAGGAGCUGAUGAUGGAAGGAGAUCUGCUUGAGGUAACCUUGGAUGAGAACCACAGCAUCUGGCAGCUGUUGCAGGCCGGCCGCCCCCCAGACCUGAGCCGGCUCCGCACGCUGAUUGAGCUGGAGAAGGCUGAGAGGCAAUUACCAAGCUAAUUACCUACCGGGAUUCUCAACUUGGGGCACAGUGCCCUUCUCCAUCUUAGGCCUCCCCUGACUGCCAUGGGCAAACUGAGAGCCAGGGCCAGGAAGGCUGGUGGAGGUAAGCUGAGGGCCUGGGAGCUGGGAAUGGAAAAGCUGCUGUCCCCCACAUGUACCCCAAGGGAUUCUGGAUACAUGGUUCACCCAUAUGUACAAGUUGGUGAAGAAGCCCUUGAGGCCCGAAGCUUAGAAUACUCACCACUGACUUUUCCAGCCCAGUCCUCACCUGCACUCUGCCUGCUUCAUAGUCCUGGGUGGUCCACAGACCACCCCCCCCCUCCCCCAAGCGCUGGGUCCCACCUCAAAGAUCUCCUUUCCUGGGAAGCCAUUUAUUUCUUUGGGCUCUAAAGUCUUAUCUCCCUUGUAUCCAUAGGCCUCACAUAGGCCUAUGUGUGUGGGGGGGAAGUGUUCCAUUUUUGGAGGGCCCCCAGCCCCUCAUGCUCAUUAACACCUGUGGGAGCCUCCAUCUCUGAGUAUCUGAAGCAAUAGGAACCCUCAGCUGGAAAUGGGGUGGGGCUGAGUCAGACCAAGAAGCUACUGCCUGGAGGCUGGGAGUUGCCCUGCUGCUGGGGAGUACUUCCAAGUUGAUGCAGUUGUCAGAAAUGGGGUGGGCAGCUAAGCCAGCUGGCCCUUGAGCCUUUCUCCCCCAGGCCCUUCCUGCCCUUGACCAUGAUAGCAUCCAGGAGCCAAGCGAAAUUAGGAAUGUUCAGGUCGGACCCAUAGGGUCAUAAGGAAAAAGGGUUUUGGGGGACUGGGCAACAAGGGACAAAUGGUGGAUGGUAUGUUAGGGAGGGUGCUCAGAACAGUUAAUUUUGUGAGUCCUUUCUCCAGUCUUCCCCUGCUCCCUGUUCCCCAUCUUGGACCUCCAGCAGUGCCGGGCAUCAACACUCGGGCCCUGGGUUGGUCACCUCCACCUGCAGUUUGUGACUGCCUGCCUUCUCAUGCAUAGUUGUCUGGAGUUGAUCAAUAAAUCCACUAGGAUCGGGGAGGAGGGUGGAAGGAGAACAGAGGUUACUGAGGCAGGCAGGCCAAGGGUAGCAAGGGAGCUCCAGGAUUCUAAAGGGUCUUCUAGAUAUGCUGUGGUUGGGAUGUCUCCCUCUGUUCUCCAUGACCUGUUGUACCAGGUGGGGGGGAUGGGCAAGUUACCUGGGUGAGUGGGCACCAUCUUCUGGUUAAAGGGCACGUCCAACAUAACAUGAAUGGCAUCCAUGACCUAGAGACAGACAGCUCAAGCCUAUGGGAUUGCUGGGGCAAGCGAGAAGACUGGCACCACUGGAUUCCUGGUGGAGAAAGGCCCCAGGCCUGACCUUGAAAGGGGGAUGGAGGUGAUAAGCCCCAAGCCUAGCAAUGUCACCAGUGAGGUGGGGGUAGGAAGAGACAGGAAGUGGAGGAGAGAUAGGGCUUUGGUGGGGGCUGAGUCAGGCUGGUCUUAAGGCACUCCUGCCUUUGGAGGGGAUGGGGGGGAGGUUGGCCUGGCCAAGAGGGGCUGACGGUCCCACUUUUCUGGUGCUCUCAGUGAAAUACUCUCUGCCCUUCUAGGCACAAGACCUAUUGAACCCGCCCAGAACACUUUGAUCUGAAACAAGACUUGUGAUGAAGGAAGCUGACUGGCUAAAACGAGCUGCCUCUCCAUCCCCAGAAAUGGAGCUGGAGGGGAGGGGGCCAGUGCUCAGGAGUCAGGGUAGAGAGGGAUGGGGAUAGAGUGAUACCUUAGCUGGCCCAGUCAGUAAACAUUUGCUGAGCAUCUACUAUGUGCCAGGUGCUGUGCUGAGCACUGGGAAUACAAAAAGGAACUUACGGUCUAAUGCAAACAAAUAUAUGCCAAGUGAGCUGUGUAUGGGAUAAAUGGGAAAUCAAGAAGGAAGGCACUCGAAUAAAAGGGAUUGGGCAAAAGCUUCCAGUAAAAGAUGACAUUUUAGCUGGGACUCGGAAGGAGGUCAGGGAGGUCAGUAGUUGAAGCAGAGGAGGAUUUCAGGGCUGAGAGUUGGUCGGAGAGAAGACCCAGAGAUGGAGGGGCUUGCUGGUGGAACAGCCAGGAGGCCAGGGUCACUUUAGGGAAGAGAAUGUGGUGGCGAGUGAGAUGUGAGAAGACUGGAAAGGGAGGAGGGGGCGGGGCACGAAGGGACUUGAACAUUGAAGCAAAGCAUCUUGUACUUGCUCCUGGAGGCCAUAGGGAGCCGCUGGGGUUUAUUGAGUGGAAGUGGGGAGUGGUGUCAUGAUCAUAACUACACUUUUCACUUUGGUGGCUGAAUGGAGGAUGGACUGGAGUGGGGAGAGGCUUGAGGCAGGCAGAGCCCCCAGCAGGCCGUUAGUACGGGUGUGAGAUCACGAGGGUGUGCAUCAGGGUGAGGGUACCAUCAGAGGAGGGAAGGGCAGGACAGGUAGGUGAGAAAAUCAUCACCAUAGCAAUGGUAAUUAAACUGAUGGGCGCUGGUGAGAUCCCCCAGUGAAGUUGUACAGAGGGAGAAGAAGAGCAGAAGGCCCAGGACAGAGCCCUCAGGGACACCUGUGGUUAAAGGGUGUGAUC